AUGCCACAUGUUGGAUAGUUUGAGGUGUGAUUUGAUAUUUAUCUCUAAAGAACAACAUUCCACUGUGAUAAACAGUGAGCUUAAGACAAGGCAAUCAACUUAUGCACAUUCUUCUGUAGUAGGAGGAGGGGGAGGAGGAGGAGCCGUCCACUCGGGUGAACUUUGUAACAAAUUUCUCCGCAAACGCUUCUCAUAAUUUUUAACCCACCGACCAAUGGCCCCGUAACCUGGCGUAGCCUACAAGAUGUACAUUUGGUGCAGCCUCUUGGCUGGCUUGGCUCUCUUGCCAAUCUUAUUAAAAUCCUUGUUUCCAUACUUGAGAGACGACUGUUGUUACAUGUGGAGAAGCUUAAAGCUGGGCGCACGGCUGACCCUCUACAAGAGACUCAAACCCUUCUACAGCAUUCUAGACCGCUUCUUGGAAACAGCGAAGAAGCAUCCUACCAAGACCUUCCUGCACUUUGAAGGCAAUGCGUACUCCUACUCGGAGGUGGACCGCCGGAGUAACCAGGUGGCCCGUGCCCUGCAGAACCACGCAGGCCUGCAGGCGGGCGCCGCGGUGGCGCUGCUCCUGGGGAACGAGCCCGGGUUCGUGGUGACCUGGUUGGGCCUGGCCAAACUGGGUUGCUCGGCCGCGCUGCUGAACACCAACAUCAGGGCCAAGGCGCUCCUGCACUGCUUCUCGUGCUGCGGCGCCAAGGUGCUCAUCGCCUCGGCAGAGGUAAAGGAUGCGGUAGAGGAAGUGCUGCCGGCGCUCAUCGAGAAGGGCAUCAGCGUGUACUUGCUGGCGGACACCUGCAGCACCGAGGGCAUCGUGCCCCUGGCCCAAAAGAUCUCUCAGGCCUCGGAGCAGCCGCUGUCCCCGGACCACCGGGCCAACGUCACCGUCAAGAGCACCGCGCUCUACAUCUACACCUCAGGCACUACAGGUCUACCUAAGGCAGCCAUCGUGACCCAGGAGAGGGUCUGGGCGGCGUCCUUCAUCAUGGCGGUGUCCGGGAUCAGCUCUGAUGAUGUCAUGUAUAUCAACCUCCCGCUCUACCACAGCGCUGGCUUCUUGAUCGGGGUGUGUGGCUCCAUUGAGAGGGGUAUGACCUUUGUUCUGAGGAGGAAGUUCUCUGCCUCUCAGUUCUGGGAGGACUGCAGGAGGCACGACGUGACAGUGAUGCAGUACAUCGGGGAAACAAUGCGGUACCUCUGCAACACGGCCAGGCAAGGGAAUGAAAAAGACCACAGAGUCAAGUUUGCCAUCGGGAACGGCAUCCGCACCGACGUCUGGACCGAGUUCCUAAAGCGCUUCGGAGAUAUCAAAGUCAGGGAGCUGUACGGGGCCACGGAGGGCAACAUCGGCUUCAUCAACUACACCUCAAAGAUCGGCGUGGUGGGCCGGGUGAACCUCCUCCACCGGAGAUUCUUCCCGUACCUUUUAAUCAAGUUUGACAUCGAGAAAGAGGAGGCGGUGAGGAACGCAGAGGGCCUGUGCAUCCCGGCGGCCAAGGGUGAGACCGGACUCUUAGUGGGAGCCAUUACUAAAAUCUCUCCGUUCAAUGGCUAUGCUGGGAACCAGCAGCAGACGGAUAAGAAACGUCUGAGCAACGUGCUGAAGCAGGGGGACCUGUACUUUAACAGCGGGGACCUGCUCCGCAUCGACCACCAGGGCUUUGUGUACUUCCAGGACCGGGUGGGGGACACCUUCAGGUGGAAAGGGGAGAACGUAGCCACGGCGGAGGUAGGAGACAUACUGACCACGUCUCACUGCAUCUAUGAGGCCAACGCUUACGGGGUGAAAGUGGAAGGCCACGAGGGGAGAAUCGGGAUGGCAGCCGUCACUCUGAAGGAAGGGGAGGAGUUUGAUUGUUCGGACGUUUACAAGCAAGUCGUAAACUACCUCCCCUCGUAUGCUAGGCCCUGCUUCAUCAGGGUGCAGCGCUCUCUGGAACUGACUGGUACUUUCAAGAUGAAGAAGGUGAAGCUGGUGGAGGAGGGCUUCGACCCCUCCCUCAUCUCCGACCCCAUGUACUUCCUGGACCCCCAGAGAAAGACUUACGUUCCGCUCACCGAGAACAUCUACGCGUCUAUAUCUGCCGGGGCGGUGAAACUCUGAGACCGGCACUGGAAGUGAAAUCUGAUAAUGUGAUUCUUAAGGAAAGGUUUUGUCAUGUUUUUUGUGCAAGCAAGCUUAACCGCCUGUUUACAGAAGUGUCGUACCGGCUCAAAGUAGUACUCAUAACUCAGAUAAUAAUAAUGCAGGGAUAGAUUUUUAAGAUCCAUUUUAAGAUCUUUUUAAUUGAACAAAACUCUAGUUUGUAAUUGUUGUAUGAACAUAGGCCAUCAUUGUCAGAUAUUGAGGCACUUUUGAAUAAUGUAUUGUCAAUCAUUAAAUUGUGAUUAAUAAAAGGAAAUGUUUUCUCAAUGUCAGGACAGAUUAUCUUCCAUUAAAUCAAGGAAUGUGAUAUAAUGACCAAAUUUUUUUGUCAUUUGACAAAGUGACAAGAAUUUCUUGUUGGUUUAUCCUAUGCCGUUUUCAAACCCAAUUGAGUUUUAAAUAAUAUGUGAACCAUUUGCUAAAUGGACUUUGCAGCAGAUUCUAAUUCUAGUCUGUCCUUUCGUCCGAACAUUUCUUGCCCAUGUGUUUGGAGAUGUAUACAGUGUGGUUGAGUAUUGACUUAACCUUUGCACAGUCAUCCACAUUGCUCCUAGUUGGCAAAGUCCCACAGAACUCCAAAGACCUUAACCCUGCCAAACAUUGCAUUUUGUCAUUCGCUGUGAUCAGAAAUCAAACAACCCAUUAGAAAGUUCUUUAAAAAUGAAUUUAUUUAUUAAUACAGUGAUAUACUUAGAAAUGUGUUGCAAAGGAAACAAAUAAAUAAAAAGAAUGUCAGCCACACAGGAAAAUAAACUAGUGUUGGAGUUGAAGCAGUGUUGUCAUAUCAAAAGAAAAUCGUACUGAUGUGCCAUAAUAAAUUGUCUAUUAGUACAAAAAUACAUUUCAGGGCACACAAUACAGCAUCCAGUAUCACAAAUAAAGGAAGGGGGAACUCGUCAAAGCAGACCCUUCAAGUACAUAUCUUUUAAAAUGAUUUAAAUCAAGCACUUUUCUUCUAUUUUGUAAAUAAGAAUAAAAAGAUUUUGUUUUGGACUGUUAAAAAUGCCUAGGUGGUGUGUGUGUAGUGAGUCUGUAGAAAAGUGGGUUCUUACUGCUUGUGUCAGUUCCAAGGCUCAGGGCUGUCCCGGAUACAAACAUAACCAAUGUUGCUGCGCUCUUUUUUUAGGAAACCUUUUCUUCUUUUAUACAAAAUAACAAAGAUGUACAAAAAGUUCAUUUACAGAGAACCAAGGCCAUAUGCUAGCUAUAUUUAC